GCUGGGAAAUGGGACUGUUGACAUUCAAGGACGUGUCUAUUGAAUUCUCUAUGGAUGAGUGGGCCUGCCUGGACACUGCUCAGCAGCAUUUGUAUCGGGAAGUCACUUUGGAGACCUACAGAAACCUGGUCUUCCUGGGUCUUGCUGUCUCUAAGCCAGAACUCAUCACCUGUCUGGAGCAAAGCAAAGAGCCCUGGAAAGUGAAGACACAGCCGACACUACUCAAGCACUCAGCUCUAUCUAAUCAUUCUGCCCAAGACCAUUUGCAAGAGCUGGGCACAAAUAUAUUAUUUCCGGAGAUGAUGCUGAGCAGAAAUCAAAGUUGUGGCCCUGAGAAUUUAAACUUUGCAAAAGACUGGGAAGGUGUGUAUGAGUGUGAGCAGCAGAAAGUAUGUCACAGUGGAGUUGACAAAUGUGUAACAGCUACCCAUGGCAAGCUCUUCCAAUGUAGUAAAUGUUUGAAUGUCUUCAGACAGCUGUCAAAUCUAAAUAGACAUAAGAAGAUAUGUACCUUAGAGAAAACUUUUAAAUGUAAAAAGUAUGGGAAAUCCUCUAAGCUCUGCUCACACAUCACAGAACAUAAGGUAACAAAUACUGGAGAAAAACAAUACAAAUGCAAAGAAGGUAGUCAAGUCUUCCAAUCUCGCUCAAGACUCCAUACUGGAGAGAAAUUCAACAAGUAUGAAAAUGAUGGCAAAUGUCUUAGCCAUCAAUCAAAGUACUUUAACCAUAAGAUUUUGAAUACUGGAGAAAAACCCUACAUAUAUAAGGAAUGUGACAAACUUACCAAGAAAUACUCACACAUUUAUGGCAAUAAAAGAAUUCAUUCCGGAGAGAAAUGCUACAAAUGUCAAGACUGUGGCAAAGCCUUUAAACUUUACUCAAGCCUUUCUGUACAUAAAGUACUUCAUUCUGGAGGGAAACCAUACAAAUGUGAAGAAUGUAGCAAAGUCUUUAUGAGGCACUCACUCCUCUCUAGACAUCAAAGAAUUCAUUCUGGAGAGAACCUUUACAAAUAUCAAGAGUGCAGCAAAGUCUUUAACCAGUACUCAAGUCUUUCUGUACAUCAAAGAACACACUGUGGAGAGAAACCCUACAAAUGUCAAGAAUGUGGCAAAACCUUUAACUGGUACUCAUGCCUUUCUGUACAUCAAAGAAUUCACUCUGGGGAGAAACCCUACAAAUGUCAAGAGUGUGGCAAAGCCUUUAAUGACAGUUCAUCUCUUACUAAACAUAAAAGAAUUCACUCUGGAGAGAAGCCCUACAAAUGUCAAGAGUGUGGCAAAGCCUUUAAUGACAGUUCAUCUCUUACUAAACAUAAAAGAAUUCACUCUGGAGAGAAGCCCUACAAAUGUCAAGAAUGUGGAAAAGCCUUUAACCAGCACUCACAACUUUCUCUACAUCAAAGAAUUCACUCUGGAGAGAAACCCUACAAAUGUCAAGAAUGUGCCAAAGCCUUUAACCAGUACUCAAGCCUUUCUGAACACCAAAGAAUUCAUUCUGGAGAGAAACCCUACAAAUGUCAAGAAUGUGGCAAAGCCUUUAACCGGCACACAAACCUUUCUGUACAUCAAAGAAUUCACUCUGGAGAGAAACCCUACAAAUGUCAAGAAUGUGGCAAAGCCUUUACUGGGCACUCACGCCUUUCUGAACAUGAAAGAAUUCACUCUGGAGAGAAACCCUACAAAUGCCAAGAAUGUGGCAAAGCCUUUACCCGGCACUCGGGCCUUUCUAUACAUCAAAGAAUUCACUCUGGAGAGAAACCCUAUAAAUGUCAAGAAUGUGGCAAAGCUUUUAAUAGUACUUCAUCCCUUACUAGACAUAAAAGAAUUCACUCUAGAGCAGUGGUUCUCAACCUUCCUAAUGCUGUGGUCCUUUAAUACCAUUCCAGUGGGUCUCAACCCACAGUUUGAGAACCUCUGCUCUAGAGAGAAACCCUAUGAAUGUGAAGAAUGUGGCAAAGCCUUGUUCCAGUGGGCACGGUUUUCUAUACACAACAGAAUUCACAUUGAAGAAAAACUCUACAAAUGUGAAGAGAUUGACACCUGUUUAAAUAAUCCUUAAACCAUUGUAUAAAUAAAAAAAUUAUAACACAGAAAUUCCCUACAAAUGAGAAGUGUCAAAUCCUAUAACCAGUACUCAUUUCAGUACAUAACAAUAUUCAUAGACAAAUACUACAUAU